GCUAGUAGUUACGUUAUGUUACCUAUUAAUUAUUCUUGUUUUAAUUUAUUUAUAUGUACAAUUUGUCCUUUAUUGUAAUCGUUUUAGACUGAGUAUGGCUUCGUUUAUUUUUAAAUAUAUAUAUUACAAUAAAGAACAACGAAACUUUUAUGGAAAAUAGUAAAAGCGUACCUGAUUUAUAAAUAAUGGCUAUUUGCGAGUUAAGAGGGUUGUUAUUGACUGUUUGUAUUAUAGAAUUGAUCAUCACCGUACAACGACAAGUGUUUGACUUCUUAGGUUUUAUGUGGGUACCCAUAAUCGCUAAUUUCGUGAAUAUUCUUCUGAUAAUAUUUGGAUCCUUUGGAGCAGUUCAAUACAUCACGAAGUACCUAAUAGCGUAUGCAAUAUGGAGUUUUAUGUGGCUAACAUGGAAUACAUUUUUAAUAUGCUACUAUCUUAAUCUUGGAUCGUUGAAUAGGGAAAGCGGCCUGCUAUCCUUUGGGACAGGCAGUGUUAGCUGGUGGGAAGGCAAUGGCUGGGGCUGCCAGACAGUAUGGAGCGAGGAAGAUGGCCCUGGCUCACUGAGGCCCACUCGUGUGGAUGGCUGCUUCCUUCCAUGGCACCAUGUGGAACUUACACAGUCUGCUGUAGCGGCUAUUCUCACAAUUGCUGCAUUGCCACUCUCCAUUCUCUUGACUAUUCAGUCAUAUAAGAGAAGAAAACCAUCAGGAGCAUCUGUAAAAGGCACUUUACCACGUCGGCCAGUCUACACGAUAGAGCUCAGCCCUACCGAAACAAACGUAAGCGAAAGUUCCCUAAAACCGAUGACGCCGCGUCGAGUCAAGCGCAGAUCGGGGUCGCGAGGCGCCGGCUCCUCCGUCCGACGAUCCCGACGCUCGUACAGGAACAGCGGCUACCUCGCGUCCACCGCCUCGCUGCCGCGCGAGCCGCGCUCCCGCCCCACCUCGGCGCACUCCUCCUACUCCAACUUCCACGCCGCUCGCCCCGCCUCCUACCACGCGCCCGACCCGGACCCGAGCCGCCCCCGCGACGUGUACGAGCCGCCGCCCCCGACCGAGUCGAUCACCAUCACCACGCAGCGGUACGACACGAUUCGCGGGCCCGGCGCCGGCUACGACGUCGCCGGGCCGUACGACCGGGCUCAAAAAUACGAUCAUCGAAACUACGAAUCGAACCCGACGUACGGCAACGUGCCGCAGGAGUACUCGGGCCCCUACGCCGGGCGCGAGUCGCCGUUCGGGGCGGGCUGGCAGGCGCUGCCGCCGCCCGCGCCGCCCUACAGCGCGCGCGCCACGCCGCAGGCGCCCGGCCCGCCCGCCUACCAGCAGAACGACUACGACAUGAUGCCCUAGUUGCUAGUUUUACUCCUACAAAUGACACAUGGAUGCAAUAAAUUUUACUUCAAACGAAGUGAUUCAUGAAUCUUAAAGUUGCUCACGUAGAUACGGUGAAGCGAAAGCGGUGCCGCGGAUUUUAUUUGUAAUUUUUCCCUAUGUGCCUUUUUCCAGUGACUGUUUUCUAGCUCAAUUUUAUUAUCUUGUUGUGAUGUCUGCGAUGCGUCUAUUGUGAUGAUCAUUCAUACUUUUUAGACGUAUUUGCAAUUUCUUAAAGUAUUGUUUAAGACUUUCUAUACUAAUAAGAAUCUCCUUGUUGUGAUGUAUAAAAUACAUUCCUUUUUUUCUUUGUUAGAUUUAAGAAUGUGACGCCUGUUAUUUCUACUGUUGAUUGCAAGUGUUUUAAUGAUUUUAAAGAUCGAAUUUGUAUUUAGCAUGAGUUAAAUGUUUUUCUUAAAAAAAUGUUAAAACAUUUAACUGAUUAACACCCAAAUUAUUAAAAUGUGUUAGGAUACUUUAUAAUGUCUGUGAACUCGAGCAGCUGAUAUACCAUUCCAUUCUAAUGUUAUAACAUUCUCUGAAUAGCAAAAACAACAAUGAUAUUGCUGCCAUGAAUUGAAUAAUACAGUAAUUAAAAUCAUUCCAACCGGAUUGUAUGUUAGUUACGAUUUGCAAAACACGACAGCUGUCGUUACACAUUUUGUAGGUAUUUAAGUAUAAGAUACUAGAGGUUGAAUCUUUAUUUUUUGCACUAUAUCACUAAAUGAAUCUCAAUAUUCGUAUACUUACAUAUUUUUACCAAUUUGAUACUUAAUUGUAGUCUUGCCAAGUGUCCUUUGUAAUGUCCGUCCAAGUAACAUUAAAAAGUAAUAGCUAUGACAAGAUUUAAAUGUUUAAUCUGAAUCGCAAGUUCAUCAAAACAUAUCUACGCGUCCUAUUGUUGUUAAUCAACAUGUUACAAAUGUGGUCCAAUACUUAAUUACUAGAAAAAUGAGCUUUAUUAGUUUUAAGUUAAGUAAUAAUUUUUAGUUUAUUUUUAAGGAAAACUUUCCAGGUAAUUUUAUACCAAAUACACACUUAUGGAUAAAAAAUAUAUUUUAUUCAUCUUUAAACCUAUCUACUAAGUACUAAAGCAGUAUUUCUAUAGAGUAUAGUUAUAAUAUAGUGUGCGUGAUGUGUAGAGCGCAACAUAGGACAAGAGCCCCCAGUUCAUGAGCGCGAAGAGAUAUCAAGUUUCCGAUUUUGGCCACAAGAUGGCAGACCCUGGACCUCGUAAGGGAGCAAGCGUGUA